AUGGUUGCAGCUGGUGUUUUGGAUCUGCAGUCUGCUGCUGACCUUUUUGGGAUACAUACUUGGGAUAUCUACGCCCAGUAUAACCAGCCCCCUAGGCAAAUAACCCCUCAACGUCUAUAUAAAGGAUUACGUAUGGGCAAUAUUGAAACUGUACUUUCGAGUAGUAUCGCUGCUGUUUUCUUUGCAGCUUUUGUUGUUGCUGGAACUAUGUGGUAUGGUUCAGCAACUACUCCAAUCGAGUUAUUUGGUCCCACUCGUUAUCAAUGGGAUCAGGGAUACUUCCAGCAAGAAAUAUAUCGAAGAGUUGGUGCCGGACUAGCCGAAAAUCUGAGUUUAUCGGAAGCUUGGUCUAAAAUUCCUGAAAAAUUAGCUUUUUAUGAUUACAUUGGUAAUAAUCCGGCAAAAGGGGGAUUAUUCAGAGCGGGCUCAAUGGACAGCGGGGAUGGAAUAGCUGUUGGAUGGUUAGGACACCCCGUCUUUAGAGAUAAAGAAGGGCGCGAGCUUUUUGUACGUCGUAUGCCUACUUUUUUUGAAACAUUCCCGGUAGUUUUGGUAGACGGAGACGGAAUUGUGAGGGCGGAUGUUCCUUUUCGAAGGGCAGAAUCAAAGUAUAGUGUUGAACAAGUAGGUGUAACCGUCGAGUUCUAUGGUGGCGAACUCAAUGGAGUCAGUUAUAGUGAUCCUGCUACUGUGAAAAAAUAUGCUAGACGUGCACAAUUAGGUGAAAUUUUUGAAUUAGAUCGGGCUACUUUGAAAUCCGAUGGUGUUUUUCGUAGUAGUCCAAGAGGUUGGUUCACUUUUGGGCAUGCUACGUUUGCUUUGCUCUUCUUUUUCGGACACAUUUGGCAUGGGGCUAGAACCUUGUUCAGAGAUGUUUUUGCUGGUAUUGAUCCAGAUUUGGAUGCUCAAGUGGAAUUUGGAGCAUUCCAAAAACUUGGAGAUCCGACUACAAAGAGACAAAUAAUUUCAAGAUCACAAUAUAUCUACGAUAAGAUAGUUUAUUUACAACUACAACGGAAUGCCGUACGAGAUGAAAUUCUCAUAUACGGUUCUCGGGGGGGGUCCUCUUGGAUUACCUAUCUCAAUAAAGUAUAUGAUUGGUUCGAGGAACGUCUCGAGAUUCAAGCGAUUGCAGAUGAUAUAACUAGUAAAUAUGUUCCUCCUCAUGUCAACAUAUUUUAUUGUCUAGGGGGGAUCACACUUACUUGUUUUUUAGUCCAAGUAGCUACGGGUUUUGCUAUGACUUUUUACUAUCGUCCAACCGUUACGGAGGCUUUUUCCUCUGUUCAAUACAUAAUGACGGAGGCCAACUUCGGUUGGUUAAUACGAUCAGUUCAUCGAUGGUCAGCAAGUAUGAUGGUUCUAAUGAUGAUUCUGCACGUAUUUCGUGUGUAUCUUACAGGUGGGUUUAAAAAACCUCGCGAAUUAACUUGGGUUACUGGCGUGGUUCUGGGUGUAUUGACUGCAUCUUUUGGCGUAACUGGUUAUUCCUUACCUUGGGACCAAAUUGGUUAUUGGGCAGUAAAAAUCGUGACAGGCGUACCUGAAGCUAUUCCUGUAAUAGGAUCACCUUUGGUAGAAUUAUUACGCGGAAGUGCUAGUGUGGGCCAAUCCACCUUGACCCGUUUUUAUAGUUUACACACUUUUGUAUUGCCUCUUCUUACUGCCGUAUUUAUGUUAAUGCACUUCCCAAUGAUACGUAAGCAGGGAUGGAUCCAUAAGAAUUCACCUAUCCCAAUAACAAAGAAACCUGAUUUGAAUGAUCCUGUAUUAAGAGCUAAAUUGGCUAAAGGGAUGGGGCAUAAUUAUUAUGGAGAACCCGCAUGGCCAAAUGAUCUUUUAUAUAUUUUUCCAGUAGUAAUUCUAGGUACUAUUGCAUGUAAUGUAGGCUUAGCAGUCCUAGAACCAUCCAUGAUUGGUGAACCGGCGGAUCCAUUUGCAACUCCUUUGGAAAUAUUACCCGAAUGGUACUUCUUUCCCGUAUUUCAAAUACUCCGCACAGUACCCAAUAAGUUACUGGGUGUUCUUUUAAUGGUUUCAGUACCAACAGGAUUAUUGACAGUACCCUUUUUGGAGAAUGUUAAUAAAUUCCAAAAUCCAUUUCGUCGUCCGGUAGCUACAACAGUCUUUUUAAUCGGUACCGCAGUAGCUCUUUGGUUAGGUAUUGGAGCAACAUUACCUAUUGAUAAAUCUCUAACUUUAGGUCUUUUUUAAAUGGAUUCAAUCGUGAAAUACCACGAUGUAGGUAUCUAGGGAAUAGUCCCUUCUAAAGUGAAUCCUCCCUAGAUACAUGAAUUUUAUUAUGAUCUAUUCCGCGAAAAUACGGAUCGCGUGCCGAAGAUAAAAAAUAAAGUUUUUUCUUUAGACCUUUAGAAUAUAAUUUAUAAAAUAUAAAAAGAAUAUGAAAAGAUUCUAAUAGAUUUAAAUUAAAAUGAAAGUUUAUUCUUAGGUAAAUUGAUUGCAAAAUGCUUCUGUAGAGUGUCCAAUAUCUGUUUUACAUCUUCUGUGCGAAAAUAUUCAAUUUUCAUAAGAUCUUCUUGACUGUUACUCAAAAGGUCCAAUAAUGUAUGUA